AUGGAUUCUAGCGAUGCGCAUGAGAGUACUCAGCCCAGGCAGCGCAUCACGACUAUUGUUUUCGCCGUGUUGGCUAUUUUCUUUGUGGUGCUGAGACUAGUAGCUCGGGGCAUAAAACACGUUCAUCUUGGAGCGGAUGACUGGGUUCUGAUUGUGGGAUUGAUCUUUUCGUUGGUUAUUGCGGGAAUCAACCUUGCCUGUAUUGAAUAUGGCAUGGGCACACAUACUUAUACCAUCUCUUCCGAGGGUCAAUCCAUGGUUUUCAAGUUGAUUUACGCGUUUGAACCACUCUAUAUUACGACAGCCGGCAUCAUAAAAUUUGCCGUACUGCUCAUGUACUAUCGAAUCUUCCCUGUCCGUCUCGUCAAAAUCGGUGGUCUAGUCCUUGGCGGAGUCACUCUCACUUGGGUUAUAGCCAUGGAUCUCCUCGCCUUGUUUCAGUGCUGGCCAAUUGCCAAGGCGUUCAACCCCAUGCUUCCUGGUCACUGCAUCGUUCUCAAGGGCGCACUGAUCGGGAACGGGGUACCAAACUUCGUGAUAGACAUAUGUAUUCUGGCUUUACCGGCAAAACUCAUUUGGGGGUUGCAGGCAAGGCUAUGGCAGCGUAUAUCAAUCAUAUGCGUUUUUUUGACGGGAAGUUUCGUCGUAAUUGCGAGUAUCUACCGCUUCAGCCUCAUUUUCAUCUUCGAUAUCACCGAUGUGGCUUGGACCAUUGCCGAUGCGCAAACCUGGUGUGUCGUUGAGAGCGCUGCAGGUGUAAUUUCCGCAUGUUUACCUACCCUCACCCCGAUUAUCAAACAUUUCACCAAAGGCGUGGUCUCGGCCGCUCUCUCGCUCUCAAAAUCAAAUCUGACACAGUCUGGAGCUGGAGCUCUUUCACAAGUUGAUGCUGGUGAGGCAGGGCUGAUUGGUGGAGAAAGCAAGGUCACGAUCACAGCCGGUGACGUGCCUCGUCAUAGUAAUGGGAACUAUGCGCUGACAGAUAUGAGCCCUAGCAAUCGGGGGAGCUCACAUCUAAAGGGCAAGGGUUGGACUAUGAUAAGCGCCGAAACUGAUAGGGAUUCAACUUAA